AUGGUGGUGGACUGGAAACCGGUAGCAGAAAAGGCACGGCGGGCCCAGCUUCACUAUAAAUUCAAUUUGCAAGCAAUUAUGGAGGAGAAGCUUGCUGAAGUGAUUAGGCUGAAAGCGCUGCAGUCCAUACAGAGAAUUGAUAGCUUUAUGAUCGAUUCCACAGUUAAUAAACUCGAAAAGUUGGUCGAAUUUUGCUAA